CGGUAUUAUAUAUAAUUAUAAAUAGCGGCAAAGAAAUUGACAAACUGUUCUACAAAACCCUAAAAACCAGAGCUUUGAGACAUAAUUUCAAUAGCUGUUAUCAUAAACAGACGGAUCAGCAGCUGCCAGCCACGGUGACCCGACUGUCAUUGAAUUGCCCUAACCGGCUCAAUUCACGACCAUAUUUCUUUAACUGAACAGAAAAAUGGACGGAGCCCAAGCGGGGCUGUCACUGGUAAAGCAGUUGGCUUCCUGCGACAACAAAACCCGUAAUAGAUCCCUCGGCGUCCUCCUGAAGAGCUGGCUUCCAUCACAAUCUCAAAUCUCCGAAGACGACAUGAAGAAGCUCUGGAAAGGCCUCUUCUACUGCGUCUGGCAUGCCGAUAAGCUGCCUGCCCAGGCCCACCUCAUCGAUCGUCUCUCUUCCAUUCUUCCUCAGCUCCAUCUCCCUAUAUCUGUUCAGUACUUUUCUGUGUUUUUGCUCACUAUGCGCCGCGAGUGGACUGGUAUUGAUGGUCUCAGGUUAGACAAGUUUUAUCUAUUGAUUCGUAAAUUCAUGCUCUUCUUUUUCCUUCUCCUGAAGAAAAAUUCUUGGGAUUUGGAGCUUUCUACUCGUUUGAUGGGUGUGUUGGUGGAGAGCACCUUUUUGGCCGAUGAUAAUUUACUAGGCAAUGGUGUCAAUUAUCAUAUUGCCUCGGUGUUUCUUGAGGAGCUUAGACCUCUCCUUCCGCUGAGCAAGCAAGUGCUUGAUGUUCUACUGGGACCUUUUGUUUCCGUUAUGGGGAAGGUGUCGGAUAAGAUCCUGUUGGCUAAGAUUAAGAGUAAUGUGUUUGAUUGGCUACUGAAAAUGGGAAAUAGGCUGCUGGAGGUCAAGAAAUCAAAGGUUGAUGUUGAUUCUGGGAAUGAUGUGCUGGUGUUAGGUACAAUAGCCUUGGCUUUCGGAUUUUCUGCUAAAUUUUUUGAAUUGGGUUCUGCAGUUGAGUGCCCUCAGGGGAAUAGGAAAGUUUUAUUCGGUUUGCAUGAGCAGUUUUUAAAGUUAGAAAAGGAUUUUGCAUCUUUAGGGAUUGAUAUUUCUUUACCUGAGGUCAACGAAGACACUGAUGAAGAUGAGGUGCCAACUUUGGUUCCUCUUUCCACUGGAAUGGAAGUGGCUGCUUCUAAUACCGAUGUUGCAAAUAUGUCUGGUAGCAAGCGUCUGAAAAGAUGCAAGAAGGCUAAGAAGGAGUCAAGCAGCAGUAGAAAAAAGGCUAAGAAGCAGAAUAAUUUAAGUUCCGAUUGUGACACCGAAGAGGAUGAUAAUGUGGUUAUGCCAAAUUAUGGCAAUUCAAAUGAGGAAAGCAAUCAUGAUGCGAGUUUGAUAACAUUUAAUAAAUCUGUGAUAUCAAACCUCCAAAUGCAGUUUGAGAAAGUUGCUGCAGAAGUGGGCUUGGAUAAGAACGUUGGAAGUGCCUGUGAUUUUCCUGAAGUCACUGGAAAUGGUAUCGUCUCCAAGAAAAGGAAGAGAGCAAAAAGUACGAAUAAGAAGCAAUCUGAUGAUCCAGAAUUGAGCAGUGAAGUAAAUGCUGAUGGCGGUGCUACUUUAAAGAGUACUGAGAAGAGUGCCAAGAAAGUAAGGUUUUCCCUGAAAAACAACUUAGUGUGGAAGCCUCACAGUCCUUUACCUCCACAAAGUUUGAGAAUACCACCAUCUGUGACCCCUCGGGGAAGUGCCCUUAAGAAAGGGGUACCUCCAGGUCCCAUUAGGGAGAUGCCUGCGGCUAAAAAGGCUAAGCAGAAGGCCAAAUCUGUGAAGAAGGGUCGGAAGCUAAUAAUUGGUAUUGCCCCUGCUAUUAAACGCCUGAAGAAGUUAAAGACUGUUUCUACCUAGAGAGUUAUCGUGAUCCAUUCUCUUGCUUUUAUUCAUCUCAUGCUCUUUUCUGUUGGUAACCUGUCUCAACUUUGAACGAUAUUUUUGGUAUUUGAUUUCUUUUGUUGAGUGAAAGACAGAUGAUGCAAACGAUUAAUUGAGUAAUCUCCUAACUGUUUGAUCCAUUUUUAAUUUA